UCUCUGACGACCGUCCAAGCACGAGAGGCGUAGACGACUUAAUUUUUAUACCAAAAAUAUUUUAGUAUUAUCCAAAAUGCUUAAAUUUUUGAUCCUCGCGGUUGUGGCUGUUGCCAUCGCCGAAUCUCACGAAGGGCCCUGCCCAGAGGUCAAGCCGGUUGAGAACUUCAACCUGACAGCCUACCAAGGGGUUUGGUAUGAAAUUUCAAAGCUGCCAAUCGCUUCUGAGGGCAAGGGUGCUUGUAGCCAGGCUGAGUACACAGUGGAUGGUGACAUCGUCAAAGUAAAGAACACCCAUGUUAUUGAUGGAGAACAGAAGUACAUUGAAGGAACUGCCAGAUAUGCCGAUGAUGCUAACAACGCUGCCAAGUUCGUCGUUUCCUUCAAAUUCGGAGAUUUCGUUUCUCAAUCUCCCCUGCUGAUCCUGAAAACCGACUUCAACAGCUACUCCGUUGCCUACAACUGCAAGUAUGAUGAGAAGACCAACUCACACAAAGAACAAGCCUGGAUCCUGUCAAGGACGAAGACCCUGGAAGGUGAACCCAAGACCAUCGUUGACAACUUCUUGAAGGAAAACCCCAAACUGAUUGAUGUCAGCGAACUUGUCCAGACCGACUUUUCUGAGGAAGCUUGCAAGUACACUGAAUCCAGCGUCAUGACUGAACAAACAGCCAAGCCCUGAACGUAACCUAACAAAAACCUAGCAACGUAAGACCUAUAUAACAUCGUCACCUUAUUUUUGUCACUAUUAUCCCAUUUCAAACUCAAUUCCUAACACCAUAGAUAUCAAUUUCUAUUGACGGUAAUAAUAGUGUCAAAAAUGAGUAAUUUAAUUGCGUAUUUAUGAAAUUCUUGAUUGUGAAAUUAUUUGAAGGAACGAAAUUGAGUGAAAUGUUCUCGAAUGUUUUUAUUUAUUUCGAAUAAGUGUUUCAUUGUGAUAUAUAAUAAUGAUUUUACGUUAAUAAAUAGUAAUAUCAACAGUAUUAUAUAUUAUGUAUCAGUUAUGAGUUUGUUUAUAUAUAAAACUCUUUUAAUAUAAUUCUAUAAUCCUAAGCAAAUAUUACCAAAACCAAAUGACAAUAAAUUAUGUAUAAGUUGUUAAUAUAACUAAUUUUGUGUAUACGAUAUAAUAAUAAAUACUGAUUGAGCUAGGUCUAACGUAUGUUAUAAAAUAGUUAACCAUCUUAUUCAUAAACACUAAAUAACCUAACUACGACUAUAGAAUAAUUUGCCAUUUAAUUUCAAAUAAUCAUCUGAAAUAUUGAAGACAAAUUGUAAUUCUGUGAGAAGUUACCACAGGUUAAUAGGAGUUUUUAUGAAUGGGACUGUAAAACUAUUUGUCGGAAAAUAAACUUUCUAUAAAAAUA